UGCACAUGAGUAACAACUCAAUGGACUGACUAAGAUCAGCUGUUUAUGACAGAAGAUCUGUUUUGUUUUAACUGUUAAUGGAUAUUUCUUUUUAUAUGGAAUACCCCUUGGCCACGUACUUUACAGGGGGAUGAAAUCGUGGUGUGACGAUGUCUUUCUCUUUAAGCAAUAAACGAAAAUAAAGCCAUGGGUGAUAAAAAAGUUUUACAAGAAAUGGAAGUUUUUAGGACCGACGAUUAUUAUGUUUUGAUGAAUAGCGAGUCCAGUUUGUGGUGUAGUCGUAAAACGGGUGAAUUGGACGUUAGACCAGGAUGGGAGCUGGCCAAUUCGGGCGACCCAGAGUGCCUCGGCAUCUUCUUUGGGCUGAUUGGUAAAAUUGACUUCCAAGCUGAUGGCGAGGCGAGGCUUAUGCUUAUUAAAGAGACGGAUGAUGUUGGUGUGCUGCCUGACGGGAGAAAAGUCAUCAAGAUUCGUUCUAUUGCAUUCCUCCACCCGUGCGGCCCGGAUGUCAGCCCGUCUGAAUCUGGACUCAAACCCUGCAAAAAGCACAAAGGCGGCAGCACGAAUCUGUUCGAGCCUCAAAAAGCCUCUCUUACCAAGACUUGGGGUGCGAUGAAGUCUGUUACCAAUUCCAUCAAAUCCACAACACAACAUGCAGCUGCUAUGGCCACUUACCAGGUAAAGGGUGGUGGAAAAAAGGAUUUGAAAGACAGGGAAAAGUUUGAAAAACGUAUCCUUGAAGAAUUGCAGAGGGUUUUUAGUGAUACCGAUUCAUUCUACUUCUGCUGUGCUCAACCUGGAAGCUCGGAAGCGGAUUUGACAAACAGCCUUCAGAAAAACAGCCAAACUGACUCGUCGACUGAUGACAGAUUCUUCUGGAACAAGCAUAUGCUCAAAGAUAUAUUAGAAAUAAAUAACAAUUUAGCAAAAGCUUGGAUUUUGCCAAUCAUUCAAGGUUUUGUACAGAUAGAGCAAUGUGCUAUAGAGUUGGACCCUUUAACUUUUAGUUCAUCGAGAAUAGAGAAUAUUACAAUAGGGAUAAUAAGCAGGAGGAGUAGAUACAGAGCAGGAACCAGGUAUAAAAGACGUGGGCUGGAUGAUGAAGGAAAAUGUGCAAAUUAUGUUGAAACGGAGCAGUUCGUUGCUACCUCAGAUCAUCAUAUUUCAUUUGUUCAAGUCAGAGGCUCUGUUCCAUUAUAUUGGUCUCAGCCCGGUUACAAAUAUCGACCUCCACCUCGCAUCGACAAAGGAGAAGCCGAAACUAAAUUGGCAUUCGAAAAACAUUUUGAAGAGGAAUUAAAACAAUAUGGGCAUGUUUGUAUUGUCAAUUUGGUAGAACAGACUGGUAAAGAGAAAGUAAUAUGGGAAGGGUACACUCAUCAAGUAAUGCAAUACAAUUCGAACGCAAUAACUUACGCUACUUUUGAUUUUCACGAGCAUUGUCGAGGGAUGAGAUUCGAGAAUGUGUCUUACUUGAUUUCAAAAUUAGAAGAUGUGAUACAGGAAAUGUGUUUUUGUUGGAAAGACCGUCAAGGUGUGAUAUGCUGGCAGCAGGGUGUGUUUAGAGUCAACUGCAUAGAUUGCCUCGACAGGACAAAUGUUGUUCAAACUGCUAUUGGUAAAUCAGUACUGGAGAUACAACUGACCAAACUCGGCCUGCUUCCUCCUGAAGGCAGUCUUCCCAGUUCUCUCAGGACUACUUUUCAACUCCUUUGGGCUAACAAUGGUGAUAUUAUUAGUAAACAAUAUGCAGGAACGAAUGCUUUGAAAGGAGAUUAUACAAGAACAGGGGAGAGAAAAUUGACUGGAAUGAUGAAAGAUGGGAUGAAUUCUGCUAACCGUUAUCUGAGGCGGCUAUUACUGGACGAUUUGAGGCAAGGCGUAAUCGAUGUCUGCCAAGGUUCUGAUUAUGUUCUCCCUUCUCCCUCUUGCCUUCUGUUGUACGAUACAUUUGAUAUCUUAAGUUCGCCCUGUUAUUAUUCAAAUCCUUUGCCGUUAGAACAAGAAUUGUUGAUUGGAAUUGCAGCUUUUAACCUUUCAAGGUAUUACUUGAGCCGUUUCAAAGAUGUUUAUCGCCAAGCGACAAUAGACAUCAUGCAAGGUCAGCUUGUGUCAGAAGAUGUUUUGAGUGGAGAUGAUGACACUGACGCCGCAGCAACAGCAGAGCAUGUUAAACUCCUUAUUGAAGACUGUAAAAAACUGCUGAUCACAGAUUCUUCACUUAUUCUUGGUGCCUGGGGAUUAAUCAAUGCUGAUCCUAUAACGGGAGAUGCUAGUGAAACAGAUAUGGACACAAUUCUUAUAUUAACUCGAGAAGCAUAUUAUGUAGCUGAUUAUGAUGAUGAACUAGAUCAGGUUGUGAAGUGUCAAAGGAUUCCUUUAGAAGACAUAACAAUGGUUGAGUUAGGACCUGCUGAUAUGGGGAUGUCACACUCGCCUCUUCAAAUAUUUAAUAAAGGAAAGCACAAGCAGAACAUUCAAUAUUGCUUAAGGUUUAGAUACAAGGUGGAAGGAGGAGGCGGUGUUGUUUAUCAUCAUACAUUCAGAUCAAGCAACUUGAGAUUUUUCAACAAUGUUGCCAUUGUUAUAAAAACUGAGGAUGAGAUGAUUGAAUCUCUGAGGGCAAUUUGUGACUGCAUAAGAGUAGCAGUUGAAGUUUCAUUCGACAACAAUGUUCAAUGGCAUAUUGGCGCCCCUCUGAACCGGAUAACGCAGAAAUCUGAAAACAUGCUUGCACCAACUCCUCAAAUGACAAGAAAUAUAUCAGAGACUCAGCUUGAAAACAUAAAAACUGCAGGGAGCAAAGCGAUUUCUAACAUGACUUCCAAAAUUAAUAAGAUAGGCCGAACUCUAAAUGUCAAAAGAAAGAACUCUUCUGCCCGAAAGGAAGAUAUUCAAGUGCCGGAGUUUACAGUUGGUGGUAAUUCUUCUGACGAAGACGAUGAUGUUAUUUGUGCAGACAAUAGUGAAAAACAGCAAAAAGAUACAUUUUUGCCAAAUGUAGGGAUUGUAAUGUCAAACACAGCUAUAACUAAAGAUGAUGUCGAUCCCGAUGAUGUAAUAUGUGAAGGGCUUUCAGAUGAGAGGUCUGUGCCUAAAACAUUAAAUGUGACGCCUUGUGAACUGAAGGUCAGAACAUUUUCUCAUUCAUCCGGCGAAGUUGAUGAUAAGGACCAUUUCAAGCCAGAAGAAAGCUCACAUUCGACGAGUAAGUUAGAACUAAAUUUAGGUGGUAUCACAGCAUCUCAGAGUGAGAACGCGUUGAGAUCGAUCAAAUCUGGGUUUUCCACUGCUACAAAUGUACUCACAAGCCCUUCCGCUUCAGCCGCAGCUGUACUUUCUCCCCUCACUAAACUCGCUAAAGGGAUGCAAACUUUAGGCGCUAAUCUUGACAUCAGAAGGUUGAAACAGGUACGACCUAAUAAUUACCAAGCUUCUGCUGAAACAAACAGGCUCAAAGAGAUCUGGGCCUCGAGCGGUUGCAAGAGCAAGCUUAUUGCCGUUUAGUUUCGCCCAUUACUUCCUCACCAGGAAUUGAUUUUUAUUCAUUUUUUUCAUUCAGAGUAUAUUCCUCCCAAUCUGAGUUAGAUAUGAAUUUUUAUCAUAAAUAUCUCUAUAAUGUAAUUAGAGUGACAGGUGUUUGCCGAGCUAUUUUGUAAAUUCAUAUCUAACAUUUUGCUAUUUCCAAUGCCUCACAUUCCUUCCAGUUUACAUAUCUUCCCAUUGAAAUUUAAAAGUAGAUUGUCCACCCUAUUCAAAUAACCCAAUACAUAUUUUCUUCUACAAAUGUCUUUAAAUAAAAAUCUUAUUUUUGAACUAAACAUUAAAAAUACUUUAAACAUUAAAAAUGUUUACUCCAUCAAAUGGUCUUUUUAAAUGUUUUAAAACUUUUCUUGAGUGACAAAGAAAGCUUCUAUUUCCUCUUCAAAUUGUACCUGCUAUUUGAUUCAGUAUUAACAGAAAACCUUUCAAGAGGUUUAAAAAACUUAUAAACUUUACUAAAUAAUCAUUUUUAAGUAUAUAAGCUUAUUUGUACUUAUUAUUCCUUGAUUUCACGAACACUUUUUCUUAUUUAUUAAUUUAAUGUGAUAAUACAUGUUUUGAUUAUUGUAACAUUUGCUUAAAUUAGAUUGUGAUUUAUAAUUUUCUUGUGCUUUAAAUAUUGUGUAUUUAUGAUAUUUCUUAUGCUGUCUGAGACUGUAUUUUUCGUACAGUUCUUAUUAGCUCUACUUUUAAAUCAAUUACUUUGUCUUUAUGUCUUUUUGUAAUAGUUUAAGAUUUAACAACAGACGAAAAUAAUUUAGAAAUUAACAUUUUACACGAGUACUAAGUUUAACUUCCAAUAGAAUUUAUUUAAAAAACUAAUCUACUAAGUUUUUUUAAUUCAAUUGAAUAGUUUACAUCUACAUUUUAUAUGAUGGCUUAUUGAAAGUUGCCUUUUUUUGUUGCAAGUUUUAAAUUUAUGAAUAUUUAAUUUAUGUAAGACAUUUUUUAAUUCAUUUGAUCUCAAUUUUAUGCCAAAAUCUCUGAUUCAGCUUGAUCAUUAGACCAAAAGUUGUAAAAACUACUUUUUUUAUAUUUUUGUUUGUACAAAAAGUAGUAACACGCAUAAGCUGAUCAGGUUUGACUCAAAAGCAAUUUUAAAUUGAACUGUUCCAUAAAAACUCAGAUUAUUCCACUCCACCCCCUCCCAUUAGUUUCACAUGAAUUAAAUACAAAUUCCCAAACAAAAAUAUCAAAUUCUGUGAUUUAUUAAUGAUAUUUUAAGUUUAGGUUUUACAAGUCAGGCCUGUUGUCAUUAAAUGAGCUGAUUACUGUUUAAUGUCUGCAAAUAUAAAAGUUAAGUUCCAAAAGUUUAUUUAUGUUAAUAAAAAAAUUAUAUAUUCCAUUUUAUAUGUACAGAUUAAGUAAAUCAGUUUAACACUUACUUAAUUUGGCUUUAAUUUUAAGCCUAAGACUUUGAAAGAUGAUCUCAUUUAUUUUUCCACUUAUUUACUUGCUCUGUUGAAAAAUAUUUUAGACUCAGACAGCAUUUUUAUUUAUAAGUUACCUAUUUGUGAUAGAAUUUUAGUUUCAGGUUAUACUUUUAAAAAAAAUUAAUUAAACUGUUUCAUUUUUAUUAAAAGUAAGUAAAUGUCUUUAGCUGAUUGUGGUUUGAAUAGAAUAGAGAUGUAGACGAGAGCUGAGAGCUUAUAUCAGUAGUUCCCUCUCCCUUUGAAGAAAUCUCUCUCUGAGAGGAAAAAAAUAAAGUCAAAAGUUGUGAUCAGGACUUCCAUUUUUCUAAAAAGGACGUGCAUUUCAUUUUCUAUUCUAUUCCAAUGUUGAAAUUAAAAAUUUAAAGUGGUGACCAAAUUUGCAGCUUUAUAGUGUGAAAACAAUAGCUCAAAAAGUUGGAAUUGUAUAUGUCAUAGUAUUAAAUAAAAAAAUAGUGAGAAGACUUAGCAAUUAAACUGUGAAAUAAAUAAUUUAUGUUAUUAUUGUACAAAGAGCUUUUAUUCAAGUUUCCAAGUUAUAAUUGUAACUUACUUUUCUCAUGAAUUUUAAUUGACGUCUUUUUACAUAAUUUUGACUUCUAAUAUAUUUUUUCUUGUUUCAAAUAUUUGAACAUAAAUUGUCAAAUUUAUAAACUUAUUAAAGGCUCUUUGACCUGUGAAUCAUACGUGAUAAGAUUUUAUUUAAUCAAAGUUAAUUUUGACUAACGGUUAAUGUUGCAUAUUUGUCAUAGUUCAAGCCUCGUUUGUAUCACUUUUGAAAGUGUAGUUGCCACUUAGUUUGCUUGUACUCAAUAAGACUAAUCAAAAACUGCCUUGUAAGUGGAUGUUUAAUUGAAAAUCGAUGACACAAGACUCCAAUUUAGGAUUGGGUUCGCAAUUCCCAAAGUGCAGUGGAAAAAAAUUGUUAACACCAGUUGGCAACUAAUGUCAAUUUGUAACGUAAAAUUAACACUAGUUGAGCUUUGAAAUAAUAUAUUUUGUGAUGUAGCCUAGUUGCAAUAAUUACAUCAAUGUGUAGAAUUUAUUAUGCAAUAUUUACAAUUAAAAGAAAAAAAUAUAUAAUCUUUCCCUGUAAAAAUUUGUUAAUUUCACUUAA